UUUUUUGCGCGCAACACAAGAUUUUUAUAAAAUGUGGUGUUCCAAUAAAAAUGUUUAUUAUCCACAAUAUAAAUCAUAAAUUGUAUUUCUUUGAUAUUAAACAUCUUCUUUAAUAUUCACUUAAUGUUAAUAUAUAAAAACUAAAUCUCAAAACAUAAGAUAUCUUCAUAAAAAUUGAAUGGAAAAACUUCCCAUCCACCCCGAUUGUGUGUGUCAAAUUCACUAGUGUUUAUUUUUCUGCAUUCAUAACGGCGUUUGUCAUGGCGGCGUCAUAGAUCCAAAAAGAAUUCUUGCAAAAUUCUUUAUUGGAAGAAUUAUAUUUUUUUUUUUUUUCAUAAAAAAAAACAAUAUCAAUUAUUUGAAAUGUUGUAAUUAAUUGCAUUUUAAAAAAACAUCAAUAAUUCAUAAUGUCAAGUUCGGUAUUUGUUGAAACACCGCGAUCUGCUAGCAGCGGAGUAGGUGACCCUUCUUCGUUGCUGCUAAAUGAUGAUGAUGAUUCUACCGCAUUAGGCAAGGCAGAUUCCAAUCUUGUCGUUGUUUAUGGUAAAAAUGGAAUUAAUGUCGAUCGGAAGGGAUUAGAAAAUUUAAUUGAUGAAAAAACUUUAACUUCGAUUAGUGUUAUUCGAAUAACAUCGCCGACGCCAAGUAUGGAAGAUGAAGAAGCUGAAGAAAUUCGCAAAGAAGCAGAACACCAAGCUCAGGAAGAUGAAGAAAGUCAUUCGUCGGCGGACGAAGAUGACGAAGAAGAGAACAGUGAUAGCGAGGUUGAGGAAAAAAGGACACCAAAACCAGCAAAGACGAUUGUUAAAACACGUCCAGAGAUUCUCGGGCUGACAGUUGAAGAGUUUUAUCCACCAAAUGAGGCUAAGGAGUUGGCAAAAGAGAUUUUAAAAUAUGCUGGUGUAACACCACUUAAAUGCAAUGUCGACUAUGAAUUCCAACGUUAUGUAAUUAAAAAUGACCAUUGCUAUACACCAUUUACUUCACCAUCACAAGUUAAUGAGGCAAAAUUAGCAACCGAAGCUGAUACAAAACAAUCAAAUACAAAUAUUCGAAAAUUACCAGUUACAAAUACAACAACUGUAAAACAAUAUCUCAAUAAACGCAAACAAAACAUGGAUGAACAAGUGCGUAAAAUCAAUGAUAAAGAAAAAGACAAAUCAUUUAUCUCAUCAGACCAUGAUGAUUCACCAGCCGAUGAUAGUAAAAAUCCUGAAGAAGAUCAAGAAGAGGAAGGUGAUGAAGAUUUUGAUGAUGAUGGUAGUGAUUAUACUGCCGAAAGCGAGGAAAGUGCUGAAAGCGACAAUGAUCGUGACAGUGAUUCAGAUUUCGAUGUGAACAAUCGGCAUGGUAAUGUUAAGAAGAAGAAGAACUUUGUUGCAAGGCGCAAGAAAAAAGAAAAACAACGUGCUGCUCGCAGUUUGAUAAUGCAAAAGGCUGUUAACAAUAAACGUCGCCUUCAAAGUCAAGAUCAUAUAUCGCACGAUGAAGAAAUGAAAAGUCUCACUCCUCAAAAGGUUAACAAGCAACCCCAAGAUGCUCGCAAAUCUGUUAGUUCGUUUACCAUACCCAAAACAAUUGCUAAAAAGCAAGUACCCGACGAUGUUGAACCUGUAGUGGCACCCACAACAAGUGUUUUACCAUCUAUUCCAGCAGAUCCUCCUGCUCCGCCAAGACAGCUUAUCAACAUUCAGUCGGUGCAGAUAGUUAAGCCAGCAAAUAAAAUCGUCGAGCCUUCGCCCGUACAAGUAAGAACAUAUCAAAUGAUGAAACCUGCAACGCCAGCACCACCACCAGUACCAGUCCAAAUACCAGCCUCUCCACAAACUGUUAAGCAAAUUGUAAUCAAUAAAGUAAUAGCAAGUCCUAAGGGUGGCUUCACAGAUUUGAGUGCUUUGCUUGCAAGAUCCGAUAACUCUCUAUCAAAUGUUAGAGUCGCCGAAAUAAAUCCAGAUAAACCACCUUCGGUUAAAGGUUUUAUGCCACUUGGAAUUGAAUCAGCAGCAAAGAAUCAAUUACCAGCCCAGAUCUCCAUUCAAACGCAUCAAUCUUCAUCUGAAAUUGCAGCCGAAAAUGACAAACAACUUGAUUUAAUUGAUUCAAUUGUCAAAGAUGAAUUAGAUAGAUCUUUUCAAACAACUGAAAAAUCAACAGCAAUUAAAGAAAAUAGUAUACCUGAUUUGGUUAAAAUGCUUGAAAGUACAGAAAAAGCUGUUUUGGAAAAAAACAACAAAAUAUCCACAACAUCGUUUACUUCUACAUCUUCAGUAGAAGCAAUUGAUAUUGCAAAUGCACCACUUUUAGAAAAUGCUGAUGAUGAUAUUCCCGAAGACUUAUUACAGCAUGUUGUGGAAUUGAUGGAGGAUAAAAGUUUGCAAGAAGCUGUCGAAAUGGAAGUUCUUCAACAGCAAGAAAAACAAAAGCUAGAAAAACAACAAGAGUUGGAACAACAACAGCUUCAACUUAAACAGCAGCAGCAACAACAACAAAUUAAGCCUAUUAUCUUGCCCCAAUCUUCUUCUUCGAUGAAUCUACAAUUGCCAAUACGACCGCAUGCACAAAUUGUAAUGACAACUCCUUUAAAACAACCUAAGAGUAUCAUUGAAGCCAGUAUUUCCAAUACGACUACACCGAGUUCAUCGCGUGACACAACUCCCACGCCAACUCUGAACAGAUCGACAAAUGUUACUUACUUGCGCAGAGAACCUAUCCAAAUUGUCCGUGGUAAUGGUCGUGUUAUUACAUUGCCUCCAAUUGAGGCGCCAACAACACGUGCCAAACGUCGUGCACAAGCUCAACCGACAUCAGAUACAUCGUUUAAUGACAGUGAAAGUUGUGAUGUUUCUAUGCACUCGGACACUUCCUUGUUUGCAGAUUCAUCUCAUGUCGGAGAACGAAAUGAUCCUGUCUUUAUGCCAACUGUUGCUGCACCUAAAGAAAAACCAGUCAAAACUGCAAAUAAAAAAAAAACGGCUGCCAAAUCGCUGAAAUCAGUUCCGAAAAAAGCUCAAGAAGAAGGAGAAAGUCAAGAGGAUGAGGAUGAAGAUGAUCCGAAUAAAUUAUGGUGCGUAUGUCGACAACCACAUAACAAUCGUUUUAUGAUUUGUUGUGAUGUUUGUGAAGAUUGGUUCCAUGGAACUUGUGUUAGUAUCACAAAAGCUAUGGGUCUUGAAAUGGAACAAAAUGGCGUCGAAUGGACGUGUCCAAAAUGUGUUAAAAAACAAGAUCAAAAGAAGCAAAAGAAAAUUACUGAUCUCUUUGAAAAUAAGAAAACCGUGGUACAAUUAAUGCCACAACUUGAUAUCCAAAAGAAAUCUUCACCAACGGUACAGAGCAAAAUAACGGAUGUUUUCAAUAAGAAAACAGUAGUUCAAUUAAUGCCACAACUAGACGAACAACCAAAACAAACUCGUUCUUCAUUAAAUCAUAGCGAUAUUACUCUACAAGAAGUUCCUGGAGAAAAUAAACAUAUGAUUGAUUUGAAAAAAUUACAACCGGGACAAUUUUACACGCUAACUAGAACUCCUACAACAAAAAAAGUUCAAGCGGUGAAAACACCUGAACCAGUGCAAAAUAAAGUAACUUCUCCAGAGGUUGUAUUAAAAAAAUCUAGCCCUGAAAGUGGUGGUUCUGUAGUGGGAAAUAUUACAAAACGUGUCAUUGUAUUGCCAAACACAACUACAACCAGUCCAAAAGCUGUUAGUAGAGGUGUUGCUAUGGUUAAAGCAAGUGCUUUGCAACAGCAACAGUUGAAAUUUAAUAAAGUUUCAACUGCAGCUGAAAAGAAACAAUUUACUAUAGCAAAAGUACAACAACAACAACAAAAUAAAAAUGUACCAACAUCAGGACAAAUUACUUUGGGAUCCAAUUCAAUAGAUUCACCAACAAAUAGUAGUUCUCAACAAACAAAAACUUCAAUUCAAAAACAACAAUCUGUAGAAUUGUUAACGUGUAUAGUUUGUAAGAAACAAGCACGUGCAAAUUCAAUUUAUUGCAGUGAUGAUUGUAUACGAAAACAUGCUCAGAAUGCUUUGAAUGCUGUCAAAGUUCCAGAAGCAAUUCCACCAAGUCCACCUGUGAAACUUGGUCCGGAUGAGAAGAAAAAGAAGAGUAAGGGACUAUUUGAGGAUUUGCUCAGCAUGGCGGAUCGGAAGCCAAAAGUUGAAAGGGUUUGUGUUUUGGAACGUCGAACUGGAAAGCUAUUAACCGGAAGUAAUGCUCCUACAACACUUAAUCUAAAGAAAUGGCUCCAAGAUAACCCAACUUUCGAAGUUGUACAACCAGGAAGCGCACAAGCACUAGAAAUAGAGAAAUCCAAACAAAAAGCCCGCCCUAAUGUCCAAUCACCAACAAAUACGAAUACCUUUAUGCCACUGAAAUCAGAUGGACCCAUAGUUACAUCAGUUAUUACCCUCACACCCCCAGCAAUGCCUUCACCGCAACCAGUAUUCCCUAAGAAUGUUAAACAACAAGAUCUUAAUAAAUCAAACACAAAAUCAAGUAAUAGCCCGAAUGUGCAACAACGGCAAACAACAACACCAAAACAAACAGCAAAACAAACACAACAGCAACUUAAUAUUAAAACUGACAAGUCAGAAAAGGAAAAGGAAAAACCUUUAGCUUCACCAUCGUUGCCUUCGUCGUCACAAAAAGUUCUCAAAAAACAAUUAUCUGCUGAAAAAGACUCAAUCAAUUCACCGACGCCAAUCCGAGAAACUAGUGAACCAGUACGAGUCAACGUUCGUCGCACACUCAAAGAACAACUUUUAAUUCGAAUAAAAGAAGUCAGUGACGAAAAGAAGCUUUCCGAAGAACAAGUUGAGGAAUUUGUUAAAGCAACGGAAUAUGAAAUGUAUAGACUUUUUAAUAAGGAUAUUGGUGCCAAGUAUAAAGCAAAGUAUCGUUCGUUGAUGUUUAACAUCAAAGAUCGUAAAAAUGAGACUCUUCUUCUAAAAAUCUGUGGAAAACUGAUUGAACCACGCCAACUUGUAAGAAUGUCUCCCGAAGAGUUGGCAAGUCAGGAAUUAGCUCAAUGGCGUGAGAACGAAGCUAAACAUCAGCUGGAAAUGAUAAAGAAGUCAGAAUUAGAUAUGCUUUCUUGCACAAAAACUUAUGUAUUAAAAACGCACAAAGGUGAAGAAGUAAUUGAAGGCAAACAAGCCGAUCGAGUAGAUUUGGAUAUCAGCAUACCGGUGGAAGAUGUUGUAACUGUUUUAAACAAUUCAAUUGUUAGUAGCACAACUGAAAUCGAACCAACUUCUUUGACUCCUCGCAAGGAUAAUUCAUUUGAGACAGAUUAUAAUGUACAAGAAACAGCCACCAGUUCAGUUGCCCCUCUCAAUUCAGUAGCCACUACCACUUCAGAUAAGAAAAAGUUUGGAAGUAAGGAAAGAGAGAGAGACAGAGAAAAACGUCAUAAAAGCAAGGACAGGCAUAGAGAGAAAAAUCGCAAGCGAAGUCGCAGUCGCAGCCGAGAACGUCACCACAAGAGCAGUAGUUCGAGAAAAGAUGAACGUCGUGAAAAAGACGUAUCGAGAAAAGAAGACCACGAACCUGUUGCCAAAGCUGCAAAAGUUGUGGCAACGGUGCCUAUAAAACAGCCAGUAUCACAACCACAGCCACAAACAGCGGUUUCAGAGACGAAAUCUAUUGCACCAGCUAGACCUGUGGUGAAGAAAACUGUAAAAACUCCACAACCUUCAAUUGAAAAGUUCAAUUUGAUUGAUCAGAUUCUUGAAUCAACCAAAACUGUGGAGCAGGCAGCAAAUCUACAAAAAGAAAAACCAACGCCUGUAGUAACACCAUCAACACAAACCGCCACAGCACCAUUAAGCAAGCCAGAUUCUAUUCCUGAAGUGGUAGUACAAAAGUCCAAACCACAGAGUCCAUUAGCAACGGAUAGUGAUCAGGAGCCAUCUAGCACAGUGUCGAUAUCGACACCUCCAGAGGAUCCCUACUUUAAAUAUACAUCCGAUGGCGAGGCCUCUAUGUGGACCGGAUCCAUUAAUAUGAUCGAUGUGGCAUCAUUCCAAGUUAGCCUACAAACGGUCAGCGGAAAUACAUAUCUCUUGAGUAAGGAUUUACCCGACGAACUUGAUAUUGUGGGUCGAAUUAGCCCAGACACUGUAUGGGAUUAUAUUGGUAAAAUCAAACGCAGUCCGAAUAAAGAAGUUGUUGUUAUACGACUGGUGCCUUCGGGGGAGUCUGAAACAAAUGCAUAUACGAUUUUAUACAAAUAUUUGGAUAAACGGAAGCGUUUGGGUGUUAUCAAAACCACUUCGUCUAAUAUUAAAGAUUUCUACAUAAUGCCAUUAGGUGUAGGCCAACAGAUGCCGUCUGUUCUGCAGCCAAGUGAGAAUUUUGAAUUUUAUGAUGAUGUUAUGCGGCCUGAUAUGCUAUUGGGUAUUGUUAUCCGUAUAAUGGGUAAACGGCAUUCAAAUGCAUCUAUGAGGCGAAAGAAAGAAGCUACUGUGAUAUCAAAUCGAACGAUUACAUCUGUAUUGGAUGUUGAUGGAACUACCUCAUUCACACCACCAGGUAGUCCGAAGCCUAAGAAUACAGAUUCAAGUCGAUCAACGCAAGCGGCAGGAAGUAGUCGGGGAAUUCGAAUGCAACAAAAAUCUAUUGAUGAUGAAGAAUUUGAUAUCGAUGCAAUUAUUAAAGCGCCCAUUACAGCAAAGAAAAUUGCGCAGCAGAGUCAAUCUACUGCCGCAUCUGUUGCUGCUCAAAAAGAUGAUGCUGAUGAGCCUUACUCACCUGGUGGUGGUAGCUCUGAUGAUGAUGUAUCGUCGCAAACAAUUCCAGUAAGGGAUGAUGAUUUGAAGCGAAAAAUGGAUGAAAUCAAUCGUCAGAUUGAAGCUCAAAAAAUGGAAAUAGCUGGGCUACUAAGCCAUGAUCAAUCGUCAUCUUUGGCCAACAUCUCGAUUCCGUCAAAUUUACAACAGAUUCUAGCCAGCAUACAAAGCAAACCAGAUCCUCCAUCUCAACCUUCAACUUCUGGAAAAGUCCCCCCGCCCCCAAUACCUCCGCCUCCAAUGAUUGGAUCAUUGUCACAAUUUAGCCACGAUGAGGAAUACACACCAGAGCAUUCCGCUAUAUCCAGGGAUCCAAAACCCAGUCGACUUGCGCAACUAAGUGAAGCUGAGCUUCUUAGUAUGGUUCCCGAUAAUAUUGACAUAGCAAGUAGCAAUACUUCACACAAAAAUAUGUCAGCAUCAGAUCAACCACCCGAGAAGAGGCCCAGAUGGUCAGAACCUCCACCACCCGGAAUGGAAAGUGACUACACUUAAGUUCUUAACUAAUUUUAAAUGCAUUCACAUGUCCCUUCUAUUUUAUACUCUUGUUGUGUUCUCCUUUUUUUUUAAUUUUCCAAAAAAAAAAUAAUGAACUCAUAAAAUCUCACAUUCA